AGCCCUGGGCCCGGCUGCGGCCCGGCGGCGGCCCCGGCGCGGUGCGGGCGUUCGCGGCGCCCCGGGAGCUGCAGGGGCCCCGGGCGGCGGCGAGGCCGGAGCGGGGCGGGCCCGGGACACCGGCACCCGGCGCCCUCGGAGCCAAAGGCGCGCGGCGGACACGGCGGGGCCCUCGCGCGCCCGGAGACGAUGCCAAAGCUGCAGGGCUUCGAGUUCUGGAGCCGCACCCUGCGAGGGGCCCGCCACGUCGUGGCCCCCAUGGUGGACCAGAGCGAGCUGGCGUGGAGGCUGCUGAGCCGGCGCCACGGGGCACAGCUCUGCUACACGCCCAUGCUGCAUGCCCAGGUCUUUGUCCGCGACGCCAACUACCGGAAGGAGAACCUGUACUGCGAGGUGUGCCCCGAGGACCGGCCCCUCAUCGUGCAGUUCUGUGCCAAUGACCCGGAGGUGUUUGUUCAGGCGGCUCUCCUGGCUCAGGAUUACUGUGACGCCAUUGACCUGAACUUGGGCUGCCCACAGAUGAUAGCCAAGAGAGGUCACUAUGGCGCCUUCCUGCAGGACGAGUGGGACCUGCUCCAAAGAAUGAUUUUGCUGGCCCACGAGAAACUCUCUGUUCCUGUCACGUGCAAAAUCCGUGUCUUCCCGGAGAUUGACAAGACCGUGAGGUACGCCCAGAUGCUGGAGAAGGCCGGCUGCCAGUUGCUGACGGUGCACGGACGCACCAAAGAGCAGAAGGGGCCCCUGUCAGGUGCAGCGUCCUGGGAGCAUAUCAAGGCUGUGCGGAAGGCUGUGGCCAUCCCUGUGUUUGCUAAUGGGAACAUCCAGUGCCUGCAGGAUGUGGAGCGCUGCCUCCGGGACACGGGUGUGCAGGGCGUCAUGAGCGCAGGUGGGCAGGGCCCAGGACAGCAGCCAGGGCCCCAUGCACACGGCCUGAUACCACCGCCCAGAGGGCAACCUACACAACCCCGCCCUGUUCGAGGGCCGGAGCCCUGCCGUGUGGGAGCUGGCCGAGGAGUAUCUGGACAUCGUGCGGGAGCACCCCUGCCCGCUGUCCUACGUCCGGGCCCACCUCUUCAAGCUGUGGCACCACACGUGCACCAGGAGCUGCGAGAGGAGCUGGCCAAGGUGAAGACCCUGGAGGGCAUCGCUGCUGUGAGCCAGGAGCUGAAGCUGCGGUGUCAGGAGGAGAUAUCCAGGCAGGAGGGAGCGAAGCCCACCGGCGAUUUGCCCUUCCACUGGAUCUGCCAGCCCUACAUCCGGCCGGGGCCCAGGGAGGGGAGCAAGGAGAAGGCGGGUGCGCGCAGCAAGCGGGCCCUGGAGGAAGAGGAGUGUGGCACGGAGGUCCUGUCCAAGAACAAGCAAAAGAAGCAGCUGAGGAACCCCCACAAGACCUUCGACCCCUCUCUGAAGCCAAAAUAUGCAAAGUGUGACCAGUGUGGAAACCCAAAGAGGCUUCCCCAGUGGGGCUGCUCCCCUGCUGGCCAGACUGGCCCCGGGAGUGGUGCUGGCCACAGGCUCCCGAGAUUCCCUGUGCCCAGGGCAACAGAUGUGUGUUCAGCCUGUGCCGCGGCUGCUGCAAGAAGCGAGCCUCCAAAGAGACUGCAGACUGCCCAGGUCACGGAUUGCUUUUUAAAACCAAAUUGGAGAAGUCUCUGGCCUGGAAAGAGGCCCAGCCUGAGCUGCAGGAGCCUCAGCCAGCAGCACCUGGAACACCAGGUGGCUUCUCCGAAGUCAUGGGCAGUGCCCUGGCCUGAAGGCCCAGAACCCCCACCCCCAGGACUGCUGCUGGAGCCUGGACACGUCCUACUUAAGAAAAUACCUUUUACUCAGGGAAUCUCCUGCUACUUAAUGUGGAAAGACACGCCCAUGUCCCCCUUCGGCCCACUCUGGGGGCCUGGAAAUGCUGCAGUGGGGAGCAGGCCCCAGGCUGGACCUGCCCUGUCCUCAGCACGCGUGUGCAAAAGUGAACAAUAAAUCAUUUCAAAGAUG